AUGUGGACUCAAACAGGCAUCAUUUUUGUCAUUUUAUGUAUCAAGUCGAAACAAAGUCUGAGAACUGAGCUGGUUCGUGAUGAAAGAUCAUCUGGAGACUCAGAACUUCUCAUCGUCUAUAACAAACUCGCUACAUUGAGUCGAAUCGUCAAUGCUAUCGCUCUCCAAUCGUCUUCUAUCCAAAAAACGGUCAAAAUUAGAGAAGUUAUCACAGAACUUCUUCAAGCCAACACCGAAAGUUUUGCUAUUGUUACCAAGAAUGAUCUCAGUAAGUUCCGUCCGGAACUUGAAGAUUUGGAAACUCGUCUGAAAUCAAUUGCUAGCGACUAUCCAAACGGUAAGAGUACGUUUGAUGAUAUUAACAAGAUCAUGCCCAUGCUGAACAAAGCCACGAACUUCAACAGAUUUAAAAAAGGAAUCGGUUCACAUGUACAAACGUUUCUGGAUCAUAUCAAUGAUAUACAUUUCAAAAACAAUUUUAUCGCAUGUGAUUCGACCGUUGUUGAAAAUGCGAAGAAAUAUUAUGAUCUAUCCGACAAAAAGGAUAUCGUGUCUUUGUAUACCAAUGAGGAUAAACAAACUGUUAAAACAUUGAAAGAUAACAGUGAUAAAUUGAAGAUGUGCAUGCAAAACUUCAAGAACUACGGUAGAAAAGUACGGGAACCAUUUGAUGACGAAUACGAAACAAUCGGCGAUAUCCUACUGAUGAGGCAGAAUAUUGACAAGAUAAAUAAUGCUUCUGAACUGGAAAACUUAGGAAACUAUGUGAAUACCCUGAUGUCGAUGGCAACCAAAUUGGAAAGUUCCAUGAAACAAGAGAAAAUUACAACUGUUGGAAAAAUGUUGAAAAGAGGAAUCCAGCAUCUGAAAACUAUUGCUGAAACCAAAAAUGGUCCUGCUCAUUCAUUGACAGCUGGCUUUCUAGAAGUCGAUGAUCUCAUCAAAGUUUCUGCUGACUUGAAAAGUGACUGGUUCAAAAAGGAAAUUUCUAGAGGAAAAAGUACAGAAGAACUGGAAAAGAGUCUUCAUGGAUUUUUCGAGUUUGGAGAGAGAAUGGUCAAACUGAGGGAACGAUGGAAGAACUUUCAAGCCGAGUUCAGUGCAUCGAGUGAUGAAUUGGAAAUCACCGCAAAGAUGCUGAUAGUAGUAGAAGAUCGCUCACAACAUAUUGAUGUCGAUGCGUUGCAUAGUCUCAAUAACACUGUCAGUUCUUGUUAUGCUAAUGUGACCUUGGAACCCGGAAAUCGGAACUUCACAAAUUUCGAUAUUGAGAAAUUGGUAUUCGAGAAAAUGAAUACAUUGGUCCAUGACGUCCAGAAUUGGGUUGACAAAGUGGUUCUCACCAUAGAUCCUGAUGUUAUCAAUCAUUUUCUUGAUGAUUUAAACAGCCAUACGUUCUCUACAAAGGAUGUUAGUGAAAUGGUCCAAGAAGUUGCACAACUACAUGGUUAUAAAGUAUUUCGAAACUUUAUUUCAAUGUUUGAUGGACUUGAAAAGUUACAAAAAGAAUUCGGAGAUGUUUUCAACACAGGGAAAGCAGAUAAUGCAAAAGAGGAAUUCGAAAAAGUUUUCAAAAAUUUGGGUACAUCCAAUUACAUGAACUUUUCGUCCUGUCUCAAAGAUGGGAAAUUCGCUACACAUUCUAUAAAUGAGGCAAUGAAAUAUGUGGCACCUGCUCUGGAUACAAACCAUUUCGAAGGGACUAAAAAACUGUUCAAACAGUUCUUGGAGAUGAGAAAAUACUUAACCGGUGUUGAGAAACAUAUCAAAGAAAUCGGACAAAAUAUAAAACCAUCAGAAGAUAAUCCUGUUUUGAAGUUUCAAAAAUCAAAGGAAGUAUCAGUUAGUUUUAGCCGAGGAGUAAGUAUGAUUCAUGAAAUGGCAAAAGCGUAUGAGAAGAAAGAACAACUUCUGAAAUCUACAAAAUACAAUCCAGUUGUCAGUAACAUCAUACGAACGAAUAAUUCAAAUGAUUUUGUGCGAACCUUCUGGAAAAAUCCAGCGGAGAAAAUCACCAAACUUCUAAAAGAUCUGACCACUUUGAACGAGUUUGCUGCAACAGUCAAGGAUGCGGAAAUUGAAAAAAUGAAGCAGAUUUUCUUAAAAGCAAAAAAAGUGGAAGGAUUUCCAGAAGUUUUUGGUUCAGUGUACAAUCAAUUGAAACUAAUUCAAUAUUCGGACGGGGAAAAGUUUGGAAACCUGGAGAAUGCCAAAGAAUUGAGCGAUCUGGAUUUGGAUUUCUCAUCUCACAGAGGAUAUUUUCCUGCUGCUUCACUGAGUGUUGGAAACAUUAGAACGUAUUUCGAUGAUAUUUUUGACCUUGUUGACAAGCCUAGAAAAAAACGAACAGUAAAUGCAUUUGGUCUGGUUUUCGGGAUCUCAAUUGCCAUAUUCAUUGUCGUGGCCAUAAUCGGGAUUGUUGGAUAUGGAUUGACUGCAAGUGGAAGAGAAAGAUACAGGAAACUCUACUUUUACUAUUUCCCAAAGCCGAAAGAAUUCGCGAAGCGGUGGAGAUAUUCGCUAUUCAUGGAUCGAGUUGAUGGUAAGAAUGCUCUUUUGGAGGGUGUCCGAGAAAUUCAUAAGGAACAUGUUCUGAAAGCUGUGAAGCGAGGAGUCUACAUUAAUGUGUAUGCUAAUUUUCCACCUGAACUUGGCAACACUGCUCUCCAUUUGGCAACGAAACGAGCUUACCCAGAAAUCGUGGACAUUCUGAUUAGAUAUGGAGCUGAUCGAACACUUUUGAAUGCUCAAAACAAGACCCCAGAACAGAUGAUUCCUUCUGAUUAUCGGGAAAAUCAAAAAGAGAAAAUUGCGAGAUUUGAGCAAGUAGAAAAGAUUUAUAAGAAGUAUCGGAAGAAGAAAUUCCGGUUACAUGUACCUGAUUUAUUUCCAAAUACUUCCUUCCACAUUUACAUUGACGGACGGACUGAUGAUGAACUUACCAAUGCAUUCACCGACAAGUUUCAGGCUAUCUCAUCUGAUGGAUUUCUCCCCACUACAACUCACUGUAUUGUGAAAACUGAUAAGGAAGGACUCUUGGAGACAGACGAUUUGAAAAUACUGCUUUGGAUAUUCAGUGGAGUGAUAAUAGUAAAAGAUUCAUGGAUGACGGAAUGUUUAAAAAAUGAGGAUCUCAUCAAUCAUGAUGCUGAUUUCCUGGUAGAGAAAGUCAAGUAUAAAGGAGUGGUCUAUGAUACUGUAACCCAGUGGACAACUGCAAUGGCUAAAGGAGCAAUGCCAUAUUUAUAUGGAUUCUACGUGGCAGUUGUUGUGCCGGGAUAUGAGAACAGUAAUAGGAAUCUUGAUAGUAGAAAAAAUAGGUUUAUCAUAUUUUCAGUUGCUCUGCUUUCCAACAUUGUGAUGAUGCACGGAGGUGUCAUGCUCGAUAAAUUUCCGGAUAAAGAGGAAUACAAUAUCGGUUCUCGUCCAUAUCUCCAUGUCAACACUUCACCUCUUUUUGUCAUUCACGAUGGAACGGUGAACUUGGACCAUUACAAGAAUGACCCGGAUAAAAUGUACACUUUGUUCACGGAACAAGAAUUCAUAAUGUUCAUGCUGAAACGAGAUGUUCAUGUGAAUCCCAACCCAAAUCCUCCACCAGUUGCAAUUAACGGACUAAUUGAUUGA